AUGUUGUUGGUACAUUUCGACUGCUCUAUUUUGUGGGUCUCUGACCAAAGUAUCCUAACGGACACAUUCACAAUUGACGCAGUUUAUUUGGGCGGACCAUACACGGGUAUGCCAGAAUUCAAGAACUGGAGUGUCAAUUUGGGCAGGAAGAACCGUGCGUUGAAACUGUGGAUGGUUUUGCGCAACUGUGGCCUCGAGAAGAUACGAAUACUGAUGAGGAAGCACCAUCAGUUGGCCAACCUAUUCGCACACCUAAUCGAAAGUGAUACCCGUUUUCAACUGGUAAACGAUGUUCGUCUGGGACUAGUAUGUUUCAACCUGAAGACGGGAAACAAAGCGAACAAAGAACUAUUUAGAAUGCUGCGCCACGAAAGACAGUUGUUCUUAACCUCCGGAUCUCUGCCCACCCACAUUGGCGAAAAAGAUGCCAGCGAAUUUCUAAGAUUUGUCUCCAAUCACCAGGCUACCUUGGAGGAUAUUGAACGUGCUGUAAGGAUAAUAACGAAUACUGCCACCAGAGUGCUUCAGCAAAGCCCAAAAUAACAGCGAGAAGAACAGCCAAUUUUUGUGUUUUAUUAUUCAUGGUUAUGAGGUUACAUCUUAAGACAUUUU